GUUACGUCGUAGGCGAACUAAAAUGGGUCAAAUGUUGGCGGCAGACUGGAGACCAUGUGUUCUUUAACCAGCCUUUCGAAGCACUUCAUCAUGAUUGGAGUCUGUGCGACAGGACGAUAAUUGUUGAGUGAGGUGAAAAGACAAAUCCAAGGAGUUCACUGAUGUUGAAGUAAGCUGGAGGAAAGGAUCAAGUUAGCUGCAGCAGCAACAGAGGGCACAAGACAUGUAAUGAAAAAAUACUAACGAAAUUGCUGAUAACAUGAGCUACCUUGAAAAGCGACACAUAAACCAUCGGAUGGGAAGCAUGCUUCACCAUCGUUUCCCCAACGGUUUCACUGACCUAUUAAUGGAUGAGACAGAUCGAGAGGUCAGCACCCUGACUGACAGGGCAUUCCGUAGUCUCUGUGUUGGUGAUGAAGCAGUGUACAAUCAUGAUUUUUUGUGGGGAUACUCGCCAUACAGCUGCUUUAAGCCUUUGGCAGGGGAGCCCUUUAAAACAAAUGUGCAUAGAAAAUCUAAAAAAGCAGGGCAACAUCAAUCUGAUAAAAUCAAUCCUCAGCACUGGAAACAACACCAACAGGAAAACAUAUCCCACAUGUCAUCCUUUCUCAAAGUUCUGCAUACUGCAGAGGAAAGAACUGGAGGUAUGGUUGACUCAAAUGAUGAAGCAUGGGAUAAAUCGACACUUCGAAGCAUAGAACAAGAGCUUUCAGAAUUUUCCUCUGAUUAUCACACCUGUCUAUCAAAUAGAUACUACAAUAACAAUCAGCUUGAUCAAUCCAGUGAUGGUUCUUCUAAUGAAAAGGAUGUCAAGAUUUCAUCUAGGAAACUGACAAAGAUUAAAAAUGUUAAAUCUACGGAAAAGCUGAGAAAACUCAACAUCAAAAACUUUUUCCUUCACAGUGAGUUUAGUCCUUUUGAAUCAUGGACAGAUUUUAACCGGUACCCCUUUGGAAAAGACAAUACAGUCACUGAUAUUCUCUCUGCUGACAAUGUUUCUAAAUGGUACAACAUACCCUCUUACAAGGAGGUGACUGGAUUACACACAACUCAGAUUCUGAAUAAAAAUGAGUUACAGUCAUGUCAGAAAGUAACUUUUGUUUGCUCUGCAGCCAAAGUUCCUAAACCCACUACAACUCCUCCUCCAUCAAAGGCCCUGCCUAAACCUGCUGCACCUCUAACUGAGAAGAGGUGCCUUUCAGAUGGAGGGGAUAAAAAUGCUGCCCCUUGGAGGCGCACUGGAUGCAGAGCAAAAAAUAUGGUUGCGGCAAAUCAACUUGGAAAACCAGCUCAAGAGAGAAAUUCAAAACCAAUGGAUGAAGAAGUUGAAUCUGCAGAAGUUAAGACAAUUCAAGAAGUAAGCUCUUUGGCUUCUACACCAUUUAGCAUCUCUCACCUGAUGACUCCUAUCAUUCCUUCCGGAGAGCCUACAGAAACCCUUCAAACUGUUCUCUCACCCUCUGUCUGUGACCUACUGGGCAGUACUAACUCUGAGGCCAAAGUAACUCCUGAACCUCAGGUCAAGCGGGAAACUUACAAAUCACUUGCAUCUAGUAUCCUUUUUAAAUUGAAAGACAACAGGAAGAGGGUGAAGAGUCAAUACAGCCCAAAGAAAUUCAAAACUCUUGAGCUUAUUGAAGGUGGCUACCAAACUUUACCAUCAGAUAACACAAAUCACCCUCUUUCUGAGGGCAGUGGCUCUGGCUUAAGUACACCUGCAAUUUUAAAAGAUGGGCUGACAGUUAGUCCUGUUUUGGAACAUAUUGUAUCCCCAUCACAUGUCAGUAUUACAACACAUAACAGUGACAAGCCCGUAUCAGAGGAUUAUUUGGUAGAAAAUGUACUGCAAGGUAAAUGUGAAGCUGAUAAUAUCUAUCAUGGUGAGGAAAGCCGCAUUUUACCACUAAAUAUCCCAAAAAAUUGUCAAAGUCCACUUCCAAGAAAGCUAAACUAUUCAUCCCCCACUAUGUACGAGAAAACAAAUCAUGUUAACAGUGAUCUAAAUAAUCCUUCAGGUCCUCAGAGUAACAACGCUCUUGCUGAUACUAAUAUAUUGAAUAAUGGGAGAAAAAGAGAACUCUGUUCCAAUGCACUGUCAACAAACACACGGUUGUCCUCAAUUCCUUUAAAGGUUGAUACAGAUUAUAUGCCGGUAAUUUCACCCCAAACACUUAAGAUAGGGCAGCUAUCAUCUGGGGGGGACACAGAGAUUAAUGCCAAAACUCUAUGGGUUUUGAAACAUAAUAAAGAAGUUGCAGUUCAGCUGGCUCCCAAAGAAGACAAAACAGGUGACCAAACCAUUUGUAGAACAAAUGCAAUCAAAGAUGCAAAGGAAGCCAUCAGUAUGGCUGGAAAUAUAGCUCAAUCAGCAAACCUUUUAGAUAGCAACAGCAACCAUAUACCAGAUGCCAGUAUAUUGAGACAGAAAGAAAUUGACCAGAGAGCUUUCAAACUAGCCUCUGAAAGUAGAGUGGAUAGUUUGGUAACAGGAAACAACUAUGCUUUAUUGAAAAAUGAACCAUGUCAUGUAAUACCGGUUGGUAAAUGCAAUGUACACAAAGAACCUCCACCAGUGCCAAAGAGACAUUUUUCUAAGUCAGAUGCACUGCUUUGCUUGUCUGUAGGUAAGCAGCAAAUGCAUGCUGACAAGGUUUCUAAAGAUGAUUUGCUAAUUGCAAAACUAGAUUUACAAACUGAAGAAUGUGAAUCUGCCCAGGAACAGGGGAAACAUAAACAGGUAUUUUCAUCUAGACUGAACGAUUUUAUCAAACAUGAAAAACAAUCACUGACAAGCAAUGAGCGAGCAAACUACAAGGAAACCUAUCUGAAAAUGAAAGCAAAAAUGGAGACAGAUGAAGAAAUGGAGUCAAUAGCACGUUUAAGAAAUAGUGAGUAUAUUUCUAAUGAUUUUCAGGCUUUAAAAGAGCUGGAAAGAGCACGACUUAAUGAUUGCAAGCUUGAGAACAUGAGGAGCAGACUAGAGAUUUUUAGAAUAGAGAAAGACGCAAAGGCUAAAAACAAUUUAAUUUCUAGGAAGCUUCGAAAUAUAAAGAAAGGUAUGCUAUCUGUGAGAGGAAACGGGUCAACAAAGAAAAACAUAUUUGUUGUGAAGGAGCACGGCAAGCAGGAUGUCUUUGUGAACCAAAACAGAAAUUUAAUUGCGAUAAAGGCAAUUCUAAAUUAUGACUGCGAGGAACUUGAGGAGGUUAGAGCAGAGCGAGAAAAUAGAUGUAAAUUUACAGAGCAGGGUGAAAUUACAAAAGCUGGAGACAACUUUAUUGAAAAAAGUGGUGAAACUUGGUCACAGGAAGGUAGAAAAGACCAUAAAAACUGUAUGUUUAAACCAACUGAAAAAAAGAAUGACAGUACUUUUCCACACAAGGAGAAAAACCUUAAACAAAGAUUUGGUGACUUGAAAAAAAAUAGAACACUACCUGGACCACCUGAGAAAGACAGAUUAGGUAAUAAGGAAGCAGUGCCGGACAUUGACACAGAGGGUAAUAAGCAAAAUUUAAUCUUAAACAUUAAAGGUGAAGGCAUGAUAAAAAACUUAGAUAAUUAUCAUAGAGAGACAAGAUUACCAGAAACAGCAGGAUAUGUGUGUAACAACAGGGAGAAAUACUUGACAAAUGAAAGGGAUGAAGAAUGGAUUGAUGCUCCUCUUGUUGCACCAAGAACCAAAAAAGUGGGCAGAAGGGAAAAAGGGAAUCCAAAUUUUGGAAGCAGUGAGGAGCAAUUAUCUAGAAUCAGCACAGGUCCUGAAAUUAAUGUAAGUGGGGAUGUUAACAAAGCUCUACUUUCCCAGCAUGAAACAUUUGAUAAAGAAUGGCAAGAUGAGGUGAAAUAUACCAGUUUAAAACAAAGUUCAGAAACAGAUAUGUUUACGUUUGGGUUGGGGAACAAGUUAAUGAUAAACACAAGUCUGAAAAUAGAAGCCACAUCUGAAGGUCAUGCUAAACCUCAGGAAAUGUACGAGUCGGAAAGAAAAGCCUCUUUAAAACCAGACAGUAUUACUGAGCAAAAUGACAAUAUAAACAAGAAAAAAAAAACACAACAUGAACAUUUUAAAUUAACUAAUGAAGAUAUAUAUACAGAUGCAGAAGAACUUGGUAAAAUCCCUAGAAACAUUGUGUCACCUUUUCUGCUGAAAAAAGAUGUUAGAGUUGUAAAGAGCCAACAUGAUCAAGCUAGCAUGUCACCAAAAUCCUGCUACUUUACCAUGGAAAGUACACUAAAUACAACCGCAGAGAAUGGUUUAGACUUCUACUUUUUGGGAAACUCACCAACAGAGGUUAAGCAGGUUAAUGAACCAGGACAGACUGUAUCGCCAAAUAAUUUGAGAGAAACAGGGGUGGAAUGCUGUUUUUUAAGUGGUCAGGAAUACAUGCUAGAUAGCCUUAAGCAGCCGUUAAAGUCUACCAAAUCGCAACAAGAGCUACCCUUUAUGGACAGCCCAGCAAGGUCAAAUGGAUUAGAUUUUGACAAACAGUUACAUCAGACAAAUGAAAACCAACAGCCAUCAAUGUCAAAUGGAUUAGAUUUUGACAAACAGUUACAACAGGAAAAUGAAAACCGAGUGCCCUCAGUCUCAAAUCACCUUUCUACCAACAAUAUCAGCAUUACUACAGUCGACGUCUUUAAAGUGAAAGAGAUAUCAGCAGGGGAAUCACCAACGUAUUUGCUUGCAUCCUCAAAUAUUCAAAAUGAAGGCUGUUCAUUCAUCCCACAACAAGAAGAAAGGUUUUGUAUGGUGAACCCUUCAUCUGAAGGCAGAAAGGGCUUACAAGCUAGCACUGCUGAACCAACUGAUGACUCACCUGAAAAUUCUAAAGUUUUUAUGGAAAGAAAAAAGACAAAGGAUAUUAUUGAACCAGUAUUUAUUUCUAGAAGCAAUAAUGGCCAAAAUGGGCUACCCAAACCUCCAAAAGUCUUACCAAAAUCUGAAAAAGCAGUUCAAAAAGCGAUUAAACUUACAAACAGAAGGAUGAAAAAGGAUGAGUCCCAGAGGUUGACGCAAAAAUUAUCUCAAAGCAGCGGAAAACACAGGGCAGAAGAUAUGAGGAAUAAUAAAUCAGAGCAGAAAAACAGUGGCAGUGCCAAAACAUGCAGUAAUAAUAAAAGAAAAAAUUAUGACAAUAACCAUACUGCAAAACACCAUAGCAACGACAGCCAUGUUCAGGAUGAAUGCCAUUCAGCCAACCACAAUCAAAAUGAAGUAGAAACAAACCACAAGAGCUGGAGACAGAGACAGGAUUCCAAGGAAGGCAAUUACCAAAGAGCAUCUGAACCAACCAAUCUAACAUCAGAAAGACAAAUUCACACCACUGACAGUUAUGCCAAAGAAAAGCCAGAUUGUAAGGAUUAUAAUACUGACAGCAUCAUUAGUAAUGUGCCGGUGUACAAAGUUCAUGUCAGUGAGAGGCCUAUGUCAAAAAGGCCUUUCAAUCGAUCACAGAGUAUUGAUAGAUACCUGGGAAGCCAAGAAGAGCAUAGGUUUAGCACAAAUCUGCCAAUCAGUGAGAGACUUGAACCAAGGACUCUGCAUAUUGAAAACUCAAUCAAGCAUGAUAUUCAACAGAGAGGCAGAGCCAAAGAAAAGCCAAACAAAGGCCUACCCCUAAGAAGAAGCCAAAGUACUGAUGCAUACAACACUAAUAGAACACCUCUAUACAGACAGUCUAACCACACAGGUCAGUUUUCUUGUCAGUCUAGCAUGGACCAUGCUGUUCUUACACAGUCUCUCCCUAUAACCCAACGAAAGCUCCUUCAGGAUCCAGACUCAGGGCAAUACUUCUUUGUUGACCUGCCAGUUCAAGUCAAGACAAAAACUUUCCUUGAUCCUGCGACAGGAGGCUAUAUCCAGCUGCCAGUACAACAACCGGAUGGUGGUGUUCCUCAAGCACCCAAAUUAGAAGUUUUAACUUCUCCACUGGUUGUUUAUCAUAGUUUUGUACCGGUCCCUUUAUCCCCCAUGGCUCAGAAAGCCAACAUACAAGCAUCUCAUGUGGAACCAAGAGGAUUACAGCAUAGACAACAGGAAAUGGCAAGACACAUUAAAGAGGGACGUCAAGAUUUAAUGUUAGCCGAAUUUCUGGACACCGAAGAGCUAAACUGACCUGGCUGAUGGGCCCUUUGUUUGACCCUUUGUUUUUUUGUUAAGUUUGUUGAAUUCCAGGAUUUAUCCUUGAGAUGUUCUGUCUUGGUCAGUGGUGUCAAAAGUUCACACAUUUGUUACUUAAGUA